UAUCAACUUCAUUCCUCAGUCGAAAUGUCCUCCAUCGCAUGUCCUUCCUGAGGUGGAGUUUUCGAAUAUCUGCAGCGACACAACCCACACAAUGUUAAUGGAAGAUAGUCUGUGGCAUCUUCAUGCGUCUACAGCUUCGAUGGAACACAAUCAGUCGCGUUCUGUCUUUCAAGGUGAGAUUGGAGAGUCCCAGCAUAUCUCAGAAAUGGAGCCAGUUCUCUGGGUCCGAUUUUUUGGACUCUGAACAUCAUUCCUAUAUUCUCUCAAUGCCGACCAUUCCGAGGAUCGUGCUCGAUGAUCUCUCCGACGAUAGUAUUACGUCCGUUAAGAAAGCUUAUGACUUCAAUAUUACGUCUGUCGGUGCUUCUGUCCGUGAUGGUGAUUUCUUGGAACUGCCCAAUAGAUAUUGGCCACGCACCUCAUCUUCUCGAUCAUCCCCUUCUCAUCAGGGCGCUCGUCGACACAGUGUUCAUGUCGUCGAUAUCGCCAAGUACACUGACGCGCUCUCUGCUCCUGUUUGUCGACUACCUGCCUUCCAAGUGGCUCACGAAGAUUCUCCAAAAUUCAGAAAGGAGAGCGAAGACGAGACUGAGAACCACGCUUCCGAUAUAAUUCUAGAGUUCAUCGAAGAUGGCAGUCGAUGCCAGCAGUCCGACCUUACCUGUGCGAGCAAGGAGAGUGAAAAUCAUAACACCACACCAGGAGCCACUCCACAGUCGGACGGGGUCCUCGUGAAAUCAGCAUCUGUUUACCCUUGCUUGGAACCCUCUGCGGUCGUUCGCUUCCACGGUAAACACCGUCGCUCCCGAGCAGCUUCCUAUCAGAUCACCUCCGGAACACUGACCGAGCGCAGAGACCUUAUCGAGAUCCAGCCAUUUUCCGAGAGCCCAAAAGAGUCGCGGUGGGCACCCGAGAAUGGUAUGAUGGUCAUCAAAGUCUACAUCCCCUCUACCAAUGACCUCUGGGCUGCAUACGUCCCCACCAGUGUCACCCUCUCUAUGUUCACGUGCAGAUGUUUGUCCAAGCUGAGCCUUCACCUUCGGUUCAGCGGGAGUGUGAUGGACACGCCGGAGUACUAUUUCGAUAGUGAUGAGGCAUUUCAGUGCUGGGUAAAACGCCGGGUCCGGCAUGGUCGCAACCUUCCCAUCGUUGGCCACUUGGAUUACGCAGUCCCUCCGCUAGCUGCCACUUGCACCGAAGGAGGCUUAGAUCAAACCUUUUCCCUCCGGACGUACAAGUCUCAUUGCUGAUAUCCUGUUUCCACCGCUCACGUAUCUUCAACU